GCGUGUGAAAGUGAUGCGUUUCACUAGCAGGAAUAGUUAAGGAUCUGUAGCAUCAGGCAGAAGGAAAAUAACAGUUUUUAUUGAUAAAGGUUGCAAUUCAAAGGCGCACGCUUAGAUAGGAGAACGGGACAGAUCUCCAAAUAUAACGGCAAGGUGUCUGGUGCCUGACCCAUCUGCGCAGAGCAGGGUUUGUGAUUAGCAGCAGCAGCUCUACUGGUAAAGAACAGUUAUCAAGAGCGCGAACCGACUUAUCCAGUAGGCUAACACCAUGGACAGCAUUGGCAACUCGUCGGAACCCGUGUACCUGUUCCCAAACCAUGGCACGAUCAACGGGACCGGUUUCUGUCGGAACUUCGGCAAUAACACUACUCUUUUGGACUCUAAUGGAUCCAUGUGUGACAGAGUAGACUUUCUGAACAAAGGUUCUACUCCCAUGGUCAUCGCGAUUGUCAUUGCAGCCCUUUACUCAAUCGUGUGUGUGCUCGGGCUGGUCGGCAACGUGCUCGUUAUGUAUGUCAUCAUAAGAUACACCAAGAUGAAAACAGCCACCAACAUCUACAUCUUCAACCUGGCUCUGGCCGACGCCCUGGCCACCAGCACGCUGCCCUUCCAGAGCAUCAACUACCUGAUGGGCACCUGGCCCUUCGGGGACGUGCUCUGCAAAAUAGUAAUUUCCAUCGACUACUACAACAUGUUCACCAGCAUCUUCACCCUCACCACCAUGAGCGUCGACCGCUACAUCGCCGUCUGCCACCCGAUUAAGGCUCUGGACUUCCGCACGCCACGCAACGCCAAGAUCGUCAACGUCUGCAACUGGAUCCUGUCCUCUGCCAUCGCCUUGCCCGUCAUGGUCAUGGCAUCCACCAUCGAGGACUACAAUGACAAGUACAACGGGUAUACAGACUGCACUCUGCUGUUCCCACACCCCUCCUGGUACUGGGAGACGCUGCUGAAGAUCUGCGUCUUCAUCUUCGCCUUCAUCAUGCCCGUGCUCAUCAUCACGGUGUGCUACGGCCUGAUGAUCCUGCGGCUGAAGAGCGUGCGCAUGCUGUCAGGUUCCAAGGAGAAGGACCGCAACCUGCGUCGCAUCACCCGCAUGGUGCUGGUGGUGGUGGCCGUCUUCAUCGUCUGCUGGACGCCCAUCCACAUCUUCGUCAUCAUCAAGGCCCUGGUAGAUAUCCCCAAGUCACUGCUGCAGACCAUCACCUGGCACUUCUGCAUUGCGCUGGGCUACACCAACAGCUGCCUCAACCCCGUCCUGUACGCCUUUCUGGACGAGAACUUCAAGCGCUGCUUCCGCAAGUUCUGCAGCCCCAUGUCCCCGGGCCCGGAGGUGCAGAACUCGGUCCGAACCCGCAACCCGCCGCGGGAGCACAACUCCAGCGGCCACACCCUGGAGCGCAGCAGACAGCAGGUAUGACUAGCCCUGAAGGGGUCAUCACCUGGCAACAGUGUGCAGUCUGAGAUUACCCAGGUCACUGCGGGGCUCUGAGGCGCAGACCAUCUGACACAACACAUUGGCGAAUGGCUGUUACAUGGCUUCUGUGCGUAUACGUUGGCCUGAGCACUGUUUGAAUGUAGCCUUUCCAAGAAGCUCCUGGCCAGCGUGCAACAGAAGCAUGAUGGACUUUUGGUAGAAUCUUCCUCCUAGGCACCGUCCAGUUUGCCACACAUGAAAUAUCUUCAUAAGGUUGUGCUAAGUAAAGUUUACCUGUCAGUUAUAAUCAGCCUUGCCCUUUUGCAGUAACAGCUGUUUAAAUUAGAUGAGGAAUCACUACAUCCUGUACUUUUUACUCCAGUGCAAACCUGUCAUUGAGAACCUACAUUCAAGGUCACUCAUCUUUGCCAAUUGUUCUUAGACAGUAAGUAGCUUUUCAUCUGAAUGAGUUUAAAAAGCAAAUCUUGCAGCUGGCAACAGCAACAUACAGCGUAGUCUACUCCUCUUGUUCCCUUCACAAAACCACUUUCCCUUCUUAUCUCCAGUGUUGUACUGAACUGAUGAUUUUUUCCUGAUGUUUAGAGAUAUCUCAUAAAUGGCAAAGUGUUAAAGCAUACUUGAUAUUUCUGAAGUCGCUGUUAUCUUUCAUGUCUUGUGUGCCAGUGUUUCUCCCCUUUUCUCCCAGUUAGGCCUUUAAUUUUAAACAGGCACAAAAAUCAAUAAUGUAUGCAUUUUUAAAUUAAUACCUGCAAAAUGAUUUUGUUACCAAGACAACUCGCACACAGGAGUGUGAUACCGGUGGUUUGAUUUUUUAAAAUCUUAGUUCUGAGUUCUUGGAUUUCAUCAUGUGUUCUUUGACUGCAUGAGUCUGCAACCAUGCUGUGUCGUAAUGGCUUUUCUUUUUAAUUAUGCAUUAUACCACUUAUAUACUUUGGCAUUGGCAACUAAUUUUCAAAUUGUAUUAAUCUUUUAAAUGUGAGCCCACACAUUGUGUCGAGCUUAAACUGAAGAAAGUGAUUUCCCAGAGCAAGGGGGUGCCCUUCAUGUGUCGCCUGCUCAUUAAUGCUCCCAUUUGGAGGCUUUUAUUGGUUGUGACUGUCCUUCCUAAUAUAUCUCUGUAAAUGAAUGCUUUGUUAGGAGUUCAUUGCUAUAAAACGCAGGAGUCAGUACGUGUUUUUGAGCUUCAUUACUACAGGCGUUCUUUGAUUGCCAUGCAUUCUCCUCUGUAAUGUAAAUUUGCAUGGAACUCCUAUACCUUUGAUAUAUUUGCUUUGAUCAUGAUACACUUUCAAGGCUUCACAUUGCUAGUAAUAAGAAAAGAAUUAUCUAUGUGCUUUAAUUGUAUGUAUUCUUCCCUAAAAAUGUUAAAUAAAUAAAAUUAGAUUAAAUAAACUAAUUGGAUAAACAAUUAUCUGCAUACGUUUUUUUUUUUU